UGUGUUGUUUUUAAAGCUCGUGGUCUUUUUCCCGCCUUGGUCCUGAACAUAAACACUAUUUCGGAUAGGAUACUUGUCAAUCCGUGAAAGAGUCUGAAAAAGAGACCAUCGCCAUCGCUAGAAGAGGUGCGAAUUCUUGGAUGAAACACAAUCAAAAUUUUUGUUCUAGGAAGUGAAUUUUGAGGCAGAACAACGGCGUUAAAUUCGGGACAUGAUGUCUUCUGUUCCGGUUCCUCUACAAGUGUCCAGGUAUCCUAUGUGGCAGCCUACAGCCUCCAUUGCAGCCACUGGAUCCUACAACCUCCCCAGUCCUGGUAGCGGAAGCACGGGGGUAGCCCUACCCGUGCCACCUCGGUCUCUCUUCCCCUUCCACAGUCCAUCUCCAUUACCCCUACCUCCUUUCCCCCCGGGUGUGGGACCUCAGUGUCUGCGUGUGCCGAUCCCUUUACACCAACUCCCCCGUCCCUUGCACCCCCACCACCGCCACCAUCUUUCCCCAGAAUGCGACCCACUGCCAGCCGCCAGCAUCGGCGCCGCUACCGCCACACCGAAACCCUCCGCGCCUACUGUCACUGUGAGCGCCUCGGCCGAUCGGGUGGCAACUCCUUACCUCGGCCUGGCCACGUCAACUAGCGCAAGCCUGCUGCACACCGCCCUGCCACUCCCGCCGGAGAUCCGUCGCCCGCUGCCGUUGGUGUACAACUUCACAGCGACCGAACUAGACAACGUCUUGUACGGUUACGUCAGACCUUCGAAGGAACCGCCUUGUGGUCUGAGGUGCGCCCUGUCUGGUCUGAGAAUUCAAGAAACAGAUUUGCGAGGCAAAACAACACUUCGGUGUCUGCCGCCCUCCAGCGAUGACGAAGUAAAGGGCGACAAAGGCGAAACUACCCCCGAGAGGGCGCACUCUGCUGUAGAACGCGAAAAAUCAACAUGCCGAUCGCCAUUGGACAUCAGAACUGUCAGUCUGCCCGAAGGUAUAUCAAUCACCCAGACAACUGUUGGAGGUUUCCCCCACUACAGUGUGUUCAGUCACACCAUAAUGAUCGCUAAGGGGACACGGUUUGGCCCCUUCACGGGCCGCGUCAUCCACCCAAGCGAAAUCAAGAGCAGCGACGACACGAGCUUCAUGUGGGAGAUUUUCCACGACGGGAAGUUAAGCCACUUUGUGGACGGCCGGAAUGGUGCAAGCAACUGGCUGUGCUUCGUGAAUUGCGCCCGCCAUUCUCAGGAACAGAACCUGGUAGCCACGCAGAAUGGAGAGUACAUCUAUUACGAGGCCUGCAAGGAUAUCCCAAGGGGUUCCGAGUUAUUGGUUUGGUACGGUGACAGCUACGAUCAAUUUCUGGGCAUUCCUGUUUCUCUGAAGGGCAUGACAGCAAGCAAAGCCACUGCGGAGAGCGAUAAUUUACAGAAUAAGGAAGGUUACAAGUGUGACCGAUGCGGGAAGGUCUUCUCCUACAAGGACUACCGAGAUAAACACCUAAAGUACACCCGCUGCGUGGACAAAGGUGACCGGAAGUUCCCCUGCCACAUGUGCACGCGGUCUUUCGAGAAACGCGACCGGCUCCGUAUUCACAUCCUCCACGUGCAUCAGAAACAUCGGCCUCACAAGUGCUCAGUAUGUGGCAAGAGCUUCUCACAGUCCUCUAGUCUGAAUAAGCACAUCCGAGUCCACAGCGGGGAGAGACCUUACAAGUGCGUCUACUGCAGCAAGGCCUUCACUGCGUCUAGUAUCCUGCGCACACACAUACGCCAACACUCGGGAGAAAGACCGUUCAAAUGCAAACAUUGUGGGAAGGCCUUCGCGUCACAUGCCGCACAUGAUAGUCACGUGCGCCGGACACACACGAAGGAUAAACCCUGCGCAUGCCCAGUUUGCGGCAAGACGUUCAGCCAGAGCUAUGAACUGAAAUUCCACAUGAACAUUCACCCAGAUGAGCAGCCGUUCGAUUGCGAAGAAUGCGGCUGUGUUUUCACCAAUGCCGCCGCGAGGGACCACCACCGCGCCAUGCUGAAGUGUGGUGGUAGACACCCUCCAUCGCGUUUCAUCGGAGCCCAUGAUACCGACACCAUCUUGAAAUAGUUCAUUGAAUCCUCUCGAAACACAAAACAUUUGCACUUCUGCGUCCAGUCUCCACUCAUGAGUUUGAAGAAACUUCCGGAGCUUGAUUACAGUGGACGUCCUCUGUUAUCAAAGAAAACUAUAACUCUUCUUCGAGCAGAAUACGUGCAGGUGCAAGUUUAUCCAACGUAGGUCGAUAGAACAGGACUCCAGGUCGAUAGAACAGGACUCCAUUUCAACCAGUUAUGGGUCUAUACUGGGUUGGGCAUUGCUUUAAGAAAGUUGCGCCUGCGUUAUGUUUAAAUCUCCAAAAUUUCAGUAUUUUAGGAGAGUAGAAGACGACAGGCUUGGGGGAAUUUACUGGAAGAGUGCACAAUGGAAUACUUGUUUAUCCUUCUUGCUGAAAAGACUUCGAGACAGCAAGAAUAAUGAAUAUGCUGGUUGACCAAUGUUAUCUUGUUUUUCACAUAAAAAGUCUCUGCCUUUGAGGACGUUAAAUAUUCAGCAUUUAAUGACGUUGUGUGCUUAAGUAAAAUUCGGUCUUAUAAUGUUAUCGUGUAGAGUAAAACCCACCAAUCGCCUGUUUUUAUACAAUGCAUUCUUGUUCCUAGUAGCCUUAUCGGAAAAGAAGUAUGCUUGCUUUGAAUACAAUUGAGUGAAAUUCCAUUUUUGAUGAACGAUCAAAUUCAACUGAGUGAAAUUCCAUUUCUGAUGAACGAUCAAACUCACCUGCCCACUGCACUUAGAUUCACAAUAAAAUUGGCAGACCAACUAACAUUUUUUUUGCAUUAUAGAGCAUUUAAACUGCAGCUGUAGCCCACGUUCAGUCUAAACUUUGUUUUCCUUGGGUUUCUGUUGUAAAUAUCGAUGUAAAAACUUUUAAGAUAAUUACUCUUUGUAAACGUGUUUAGUCUGCAAGAGCUAGGUACAAUAAAGUUAUUUGUCAGUGCAGAAUUAUUCUCUCAUCGCACUUGAAUCCUUAUUCAAUUCUGAAAAGGACAAACCUCAAAAUAUUAUUAGCAAAAGGAAGAUGAAUACCUCUGGCUUCGUCAUUAAGGUUUACAAAAGAAUUUACAGCUUACACUGGAAACUAAGCCCUUCAAGCCACCAAUACGACAACAUAAUAUAUAAGUAUAUGUAUAUUUGACAUGUGACCAAUAUUCUCAGUAUAUAUACAUAAAACAAUGCAUGUAUAUUCACACAGCAGCAUAGUGAUAUACAAAUUAUAUAAUAAUCUUCAAUAUAUUUGACAUUGAGUCUAACACAGUUUACAUAUGCGUUGUUGUUGUUGAAAACCCAUAUUUAUUUGCUAUCUUUGUAAUAAUAAGUGCCAUCCAUCAGAUGUUUGGUCUACAUGUACUUGAAGUGAGGGUUACACUAGUAAAGUGAAGUCAAUAUUCACACCGUUAAUCAACAUUUUGUUUCAAUCCUACCGGCGCUGCCUUUAGGCUUUACAAAUAAUUUGAUAACCUUCUUCACUCCGGUGUCACAAAACAAAAUCACUUAAUGGGUUUGGUGACAAACCUGAUCCUUGAAUGUUUUCAAAGGGUCAGGAGAUUGAUCGCGUUUCCGUCUCGAGUGCUGGCGGCGAAUCGAUGUCAUUCCACGGAGAAAUGUUGCUGUCUUUGAUUGGUUUAAGGAAAAGAAUAAAUUUGUUGUAUGAAAAAGACACAUUUUAUCAUGUUGCGGCACGUACUGACCAAGGAUAACUUUAUUUACUCCAAUUUCCGCCCUUUUCCUCUUGUGAGAUGCAAAAGGUAAAAGAGAAAAAUCGUCUCGACAGUUUAUCUUUGAAUUCCGUCUAAAUUAAUCAACCGAAAAAAAUAAAAUUAUUCGUUACUUUGCAUUAUAAGCAUUCCUCGGACCCUUUAAUACCUCCUGUGAUAAAUUUCAGACGUUAGGCCUCUUUGUCAUGGACCGGGUCAUGCAUUUGCUGGGUGAUCAUUUACCGCAGUGCUGGCGAUUCGCUCUCUCUUCAGUUCAGUACCCUUUUUGGUCAGAACUCAGUCGCACGGACGCCAUUGACUAAUGGCACGGAUUUUCGAUUUAUAGCACAUGGCAUAUGCCAAGUAACGGCUCAUUAAACUCCGGAGAUUUCACAAGUAUUGCAUCGAGAGCUGUAAGAGAUCAAUUACGGAAACAUCUGGAACAAAUGGGAACAUGAAUGUUUCAAGAAGAUCUCUGGUAGACAUUCCGUCGUUGAGGCAGCUGCACCAUAAUUGCGUAGUUCAUAACCGCUUUGUCCUAUUCAAAAGUAUUCUUUCCAUUUACAAAGAUAUUCCUGUCCACCUCAAGCUUUCCCACAGUAAAAAUACUAAUAUAUAUUUGACAAAUUCAAAGCAACGUAUUCAUUUCGGUAUUUGGAAAGUGAUGAUUUGUGAGAGUGUUUCAAAACCUAUUCGUAUUGCCUAUCCAUGUUUCUUUAUUCGGUGCGUUUCGCACGCAAUGCGUUCACGCGUUUCACUUUCACGGACACAAAGGGUGCGUUCGAUUAGCUUCCCUGCACAUACUAGUGUUGCACU